GGUGAGUUUCGGAACGCCGAGCCGAGGUCGAUCGGUCUGGUGACUGGUCUGUCGGACGGGAUCUCGGAUGUGUCGAGCGAUGUUUCUCUCACACGUCAAUUUGUAACGAGUAACGUCCCAAUUUUCUCUCCGUUUAAAGUUACACUCGUAGAGGCAAAAUGGCAACGCUCGCCCGCGUCGGAAUCGCGCGACUCGGAUACAAUAACCUCACUAGACAAUUAUGUAAGGUGACUGCCGCCAACUGCCAUGCUACGCAAUCGGCCUUCAUCUCGCAGAAGGCGAAACGCGUGGACCGUCGACGGUACGCGCCGUUCGACUACCUGCACAAGAAGUACAACGUCUGGGCGCAGCUGUUCGACCCGAUGGUCGAUCGGUGCGACGAGAACUCCAAGGUGAUCGUCGUCGAGGGCCCGAUCGCCGCGGGCAAGUCCCAGGUGGCCGCUAAGCUGGCGGAGGAUUUCGAGAUGGUCUACCUGCCGGCGCCGACCUUCGACGACUUGUACAUAGACACGAACGGAUACGACCUGCGCACGCUGGACGCCCGGCUGUCCACGGGCUCGCAGUCGUGCGACGUGCAGAAGUUUCUGACGAAUCCGCGCCACCCCAACGUGCCCAUGUUUCAGUUUCACUACUUCCAGCUCAGGUACGACCAGUACAUCACCGCUCUGCUGCACCUGACGUCGACCGGCCAGGGGGUGGUGCUCAGCCGUUCCUUCUACACAGACUACGUGUUCGCCAGGGCGAUGAUGAACGCCGGCUACAUGCGUCCGGAGGCGUACCAGUUUUACAGCGACGUGGUGGGCAUCGCCAAGUUAAUUAUGCUCAGGCCUCAUUUGAUCGUUUAUUUGGACGUGCCUGUGGACGCGGUCAAGGCAAAGAUUAAGAAACGGGGCAUACCGUACGAAGUGAAUUCCAAGGUUCUCACCACGGAGUAUCUCCAGGAUAUUGAAAACAUAUACAAGUUGGAUUAUCUGAAGAACAUUAAGACGCAUUCGCACGUGCUGGUCUACGACUGGACGAACGAGGGAGAUGUUUCCAGCAUGGUCGAGGAUAUCGAGGCACUGAACUUUGAUUACGAAAAGGGGGAGAAGAAGAUGGAAGACUGGCGAUUCGAGAACGUUCAGGAGCUUCGAACUAAGAGGAAAUUAUGCGAGAGGAGAUAUUUGCUGCAUAUGGAUUAUAUCAGAAACGAAUUCUCGGUACCAGAAUUGCACUACUCAGCUGAUGAGAACGAGGAAAUAUAUCACGUAAUGAAAACGGUACCCGGAUCUGAAUACACUAAGGGAUUCAAUCCGUUUUACAAAGACAAAAGAAGUAAUAUUUUGUGGAAGACAGAACCAUCUUAUGAGUUUGCGACCUUAAGAAACUGUCCGCGCGAGGUAGACUUGCUAAAUGAAGAAAUAAAGAAGCUCAAGGCCGCCGCGACGCUGUAAGAUGUAAAAAAGUCGAUAUAUCUAGGAAAAAAUAGAGCCUGUAAACAAUAACUGAAGUAAAAAUAAAUUUUACCUUUAACCGGGAAA